CAGCCUGAUUAUUGAAUGAUGGCAUUAGCGGGCGAUGCUAAGACCGGGCUUACAGUAGAGGAUGGACUACUUCUCCAAGUUCCUGCGCAGCACGAGCAAUCAGUCCGCUUCGAAGUCCACUCCGGAUGACACUUUGGCGUUCAGUCAAUCAUGGAAUGUGAUCAAGGUGAGCGGCCUAUUACACUUGAACACCCCUGACGAACGACAGCUCAUGAAGGGCAUCAAGUCUACCGACGUUCCGGUACAUCUACAAUCGAUGGUGGAUACCCUGGUUUGGGAAUCGUCGCGGACCGAGGAGGGUGACGUUUUGGGUACGCUUGUCCGGCUCAGUGAGGCAGAUCGACCGUCAGGGAUACAAGCGGAGGUGCUUCGUGCCGUACAGAAUAUGGUCAUCCUUAUGGACGAACAGUUCCUCGUGCACUCUGUCGUGCACAGAGCAGUACUCAGGCUGCUUCGGAAUUGCGUCGGCGAUGACAUCCACGAACAACUAGAUGGCCGGCACAAAGUCAUGGGCGCUGCGAAGAAUGUCGUUCGCAGCCAGCCUUCCGAAUACGAACUGGACCUUGUUAACCUGCUCUGCAUACUUUGCAGCCGUAUCCGUACUCAGAGGGAGCUGCUCAUGAUUUUUUUCCAUGACAAACAUUGGUACCAGUCUGAGCCUCUCACCAGUGAAGAUGACUUCGUGACAAUCACAUCUGCUCCAUUUUCUUCCAACAUUCGAAAACCAGAGUACGAGUUCCUCCUGUUCAAUUAUCUGCUACGCUUUGUCCAUCGCGAAGGGCAGAUUGGAGAUUUUGCCCGCGUUGGGCUCUUGUUCUUGAUAGACGUAGCCAUGUCACCCGGAGAACCUGCAACUCGUCCAGCAGCAGAGGACAACAAAGCUGGAUUUUCCUCCGAGUCUACCCCUGGAGAGGCACCUUCUGACCCGAUCGCAGACGCUGCCCUAUCACUUGCAGAAUAUAUUGUUGACGGUGACUUCUCUGAAGUCCUUGCUGCCGGCCUAGGUGCACUGCAAAUACAUUCUCCGAAAGGCUCGGAUACUAGCCAGGACAGCGGUAUGCUAGGAGACGAGGUGGAAGCAGCGCACGAUCAAGCAAUUGGCUUAGAAGACUCAGACAAUCCGGAUUUCAAGUGCAGACUGGAUCAUUUCCUGAAGCUGCUCGAAUUCCUCCAGGAUGUCGUACGUAGGACUCUUUCCCGCAGCUCCGCCGACGAAGACCUUCAUGCGUCUGUUCUCGUUGGCGCAUCCAUCGCCCAAUCCACUCUUGACGGGAUUCGUCGCAUAUUCCUUGAAAAUGUGUUGUAUCCGUCCAUUUUGGAGUGUUCGGAUGCCGACGGUAGUGCUGUGGCUGUUAUGUCGUAUAUCGAUAUCAUGAUCCGGACUUUAGAGAAUGGGCGACUCUCUGAUCUUUUAGUCGACUUCCUCAUGAGCGAGGACAGUGACAUCGAUGUCAGUACAGAGGCACCUCUGUCGUUGAAGUCAGCUGCUGUCGUGGACAAGCAAACAAAACUUCAACGACACAAGAGCAGUGCUAUGAUGCUCUUGGAACUCGAGGCACCAGACUCCAGACGGCCGUCAGAGUACCUCACUUCCGCCGGUCGCUUCACUCUCAGAGAUCUUCUAUCGCUGAACCUGCGGUCACGGAAUUCACCCACGGUGGCUGCCGCAAUGCAGCUUCUGCGUACUCUACUGAGCCAAUGUUGCCACGUUACGACAAACGGGUUGAUGCUUGUCAUCCCCGACAUAAACGCGACCAGCUAUCCCGAACCUCCCACUAUACCACCCACCUCGUCUCUUCAGAGUUCAGAAGAAGAUAGUGACGAAGAAACUUUCACAUAUCCUGGGGUAGAGGCUGAUCCUAAGCCUACUCGCUUGCUGCCACCGUCUAAUUAUAUCCAGCCGGAUACCACGUAUACUACUCACCAGCGCGAGGUGGAUCUCUACCUCGCACUCGUUACGCGCUUGGAUCCGUCGCAGAGCGAGGAUACUUUCAGUACCGGAUACGACCACUAUCUUCGCGAUGCCCUUGCUAAUGUGCAGUAUCAUCCAUGCUCUUCCGUUGCAUUUGACGAAGACCCCUGUGAUCGAAUGAGGCGGAGACAUCACUUAAACGUCAACGACCCCAUGGUAUCGACCAUCCUGGAGUGCCUUCGCAGGUUCCUUGCAAACCCACCUGAGAUGAACAUAUCACUAACGGGGGUAUUGGCUGAGUUAGCGGCCUGCCCUGACAGGUCUAUCGCCAGAUGGCUUACGUGCGCUAUGAACGACCUUCCACCCACGAACUCUUGGGACGACUCGCAUUUAGACAACAUGCGCGAUGACCAAUCGAUCGACUUCGACAUCGAGGAGAAACUGGCUACAGAUACGAAUGUUUUACCUGUGAAAAGGUUAGACGCACACACUCUACCGGUCGUGUAUUCUAUCUUGCAAGGCUUGGUCAACCAAAUGGAACGCUAUCGUCAACUGAUAGACAAUUUCGACAAGUACUUGCUGGAGCGCCGACAGGGCCUUCUCUUCUCGGAGAAUCUUACGGAUGCAUUAACAGUUGUGCUGGAGACCGUGGUUGAACCCGCUCGACCUAGACCCGAACCUUCCGUCAGCCCUCGGCCAGAAACCCCAAAGUCGAAGCCAAGAAGCUCGCUAGUAUCUUUCUUCACACCGCGGAAGAAUAAAGCGAAGCCACACGAUCCUUCUGAGCAUCAACCUCCACCCGCUAAUGAAAGUAAAUCGACAGCGGUGUCGAGCCCUUUCGCAUUGCACUACCAAAGCACGACGGAUGUCGUUGUCGAGCCGUUCUCUUCCGACUGGAACUUCGAUGAAGAGGAUGUGUUCGGUGGCAGUCACUGGAGUGGGGAGAAGCGCGUUGCGGAAGAGGUGACAGAGCAAGCAAGUACUGCGCAGGUGACACUGUCACACUUGCUGGACAAUGUAGUCAUUCUAGAGGAGUGCAUCAAGGAGUUGGUGGCCAUCAUCCAAGCGCGGCGUAGUCUUGGUAUCGAUGCAGUGAGAUGUGUGUAAAGGGUUGUGGAUACAAACAUAGGGUAGUACAUUGUAAUCAUGAGAAUCAUCAGAAGUUAA